AUGGCACAUUCAGAAAAGGAUCUCAUAUGGGCUACUAGGACGACCGGGCAUGCUUUGCGGGAUCAGCUCAUCGAGCACAGGUGCUUCGACGGCGUGUCCGAGCUCGUGGCCGACGAUGAAGUCAUGGGUCUCGAGGUCUCAUCAGGCGUCGCUGCGGAGCACCUCCUGCUAGAUGGCAUGCAGGCCCUGCUGGUGUCGCAGGGCCUACGCCCGGGUCGGCUCCACGCCUUGCGCAGCGACGUGCUGGGCGUCCUGCGGGAUGAGGAUGGCAACCCCAUGCUGCCAGUGACGUCCGGCUUGGAGUUCUGGGUCCAGCCAGAUGACAGUCGCUUCCCAGAGAUCUUGGUGCAGGUGCCCGCUCAUAUGAGCCAUGCAGCCACCGAUAGCAAUAUCACGAUCUUCUUCAACGAAGAGCUGCAGGCCGACGUGAAUGGCAGCAUAAACAUCAGCGAUGGCAUGCAGGAGGAGAUCAUUGCUCUCUCAGCUCCAAGCAACCUACCUGGGACAGGCUAUGUGCUCCUGCAGGGCUCCGUGGUCGUCAUCAACCCUGCAAUGGACUUUGGCCUGAACCGUGAAGUGACCGUCACCUUUGACCAGGGAAUCUUCCGUGAUCUUGCCGGCAACCCUUUCAAAGGGCUGAGUGAGGGCGAGUAUGUCUUUUACUCGGCCCCUGCGGCCUUUUCCCUGGUCGCUCCAUAUGUGCGCUACCCAAACUUCCGCGAGCCGCGCUUUACGCCGAGGGCUGGGGCCAUGCUCCACCAUGUUAACGGCACCUUCCUUCUCAGUGGCGGCGAGACCGGGGGCUUUUGCUUGGCAGACACCUGGGUCUCCCAGACCGGUGAAGACUGGACACAAGUGGAAGGCGUGACCUCCCAGGAUUUCUUCCGCACAAUCCCACUGAUCGCAUACUCGCCCACGGUGGUGGACAAAGAGGGCUGUGUAUGGCUGCUGGGUGGCACGUGCAACGAUGAAUCAGGUACCCUCUGGAAAACGUGCGACAUCGGGCGCUCCUGGAUGCACGUCUCCAGACCCACCGCGAUUCCCUUCGGUCAAGAGGUGCCACCUAGCUUCCCAGCAACCUUCCAUGACCAUGCCAUGGCCAUUUUGGGGGGCUGGCAGCUGGUGAUCGCGGAUGUUUCGCCAGGCAGCAGCGAAGCCAUUUGGAGGUUUGUGACGUCAACUGCCGAGAGGGUGCAGAGGGUUGGAGGCGGCCGCGCAGACGACCCGAGCCGCGCGGCUCCGCUGGGCUUCGGCCUUCGCCGUUCUCCCAAGCUCCUGGCCACGUCCGCUGCCGGACUCUUCAUCCUUGGAGGCCACCUCUGUGCCCCAGGAGAAUUCUUCUGCACGGCUUUCUUCAACGAUGUUUGGUUCAGUCCAGAUGGGGGUGCGCACUGGCAUUGCAAGACGAUGAGCUACGCUGCUGGGUGGGAUAUGUCUCAGCUCCUCAGCUGGCAUGGGGUUGGAAAACACUUUGGGGCAGAGUUGACCCUCGAUGACACCAUCUACGUGCUUGGUGGCCAGCUCCCGGGGACCGAGGAAGCGAUUCCUUUCGCUUACCAAUCAUAUCCUGGACUGCAAGACGUGUACUUGACAGACGGCCAGCCCUUCAUGAUCCUGCCCGGCUCCAUCGAAUUGGGCGUGCCCCCAGCGCUGCCCACGGACCACUUUCGGCUCAUGUUCGGGGAGCACGUGAGGCUGGCCAUGCCCGGGCGCUAUGCGCGCUUCAUCGAGCUGCCUGGCAACUACACGGAAUACGCGGACAACGCCACUGAAGUCGGAGAAGGAAUGGAUGUCAGAGAAGCGACCAUCUCGGUGAUGGGGAAGGAUCUCAUCCUUCGGCCGCUCAUGCCACUUGCUCAAGGACGGUCCUAUCAAGUCGAGGUUGAUGCGCUUGUGGUGGAGGACCUGGCAGGAAAUCGUUUUGGCCACCUUACCGGCUCGAAUCUCCAGGUUCACAUCCUAGAAGAUCCGGAGGCACCCUACCUUGUGUCGAUGCUACCCGCAAGUGGCUCAACAGGAGUCGAGCCCUGGGCAGUCCUGACGCUGACAUUCAGUGAGGCCGUGCAGGCGGGCAAUGGCAGUCUCCAGGUGAUCCCCAAGAUCGCCUACGGCGCCUUGCUAGAGCUUCCAGUGUCUGAGGCUGUCCUGGUACGCGAGAAGGCGGUGCUGCCUUCGAGACCCCAUCCACAGGCUGUCUUCAGGCUUCCACCCGGAAAGCGGUACACGCCUGACAUGGCUCGGAGCCCCAGCAUCACAGCUCUGCGAGAGAAGCUCUGCGAUUCUCCUAUUGCCGGUGAGGAAUAUGUGGUCUCUUUGCCAUCGGGGCUUCUUCGGGAUCGCUUGGGGAACGAGGCCUCGUGCUUGGUCAGGGCAUACCCCGUUCUUUCCCCAUGCGAGCCUAGGCUAGCUUACUGA